CUUUUCCUCCGGAAGUACAGUUAAUUUUUUAUUCACAAGAAAAAAAACAGCUGGCGUUGAAAAGGAAAACAUCAAAAAAUGCCUGCGUCAAAGAGGGAAUUAUCACCACCAGAGUCUGAGUCCAAAAUUAGGAAGUUGGAUGAAGAUGCAUCUAAAGUGGCAACUAUCCUGGGAACUGACAACUCACCAGAAAGAACAGCAGCCCCACGUACCAAGAAAAAACUGUCUCCUUCACCUGGGGGAAAUAAUUCAAGGCCUAGUUCUCCUUUGUCAGACUCCAGUGAAUCAGUGUCUGAUCCACCUUUCAAAAAAGCCAAGCUUCUUUCCACAAGUGCCUUUUCUACAGUGUCCUCAAAGGAAUCCAAGUCCAACAUCUCCCUGAUGCAGACAGCAUUGACAGAGUCUGAAGAGGCAAGUAUUGGCAGUAGUAACACAGAUUUCGUCAGGGUGAGGGAUGGCAGUGACAAAGCCAUCUGCAUCCUACAAUAUUCUAACAAAGCUAUGGCUGAAGAAACAUUGGCUGUACCAAAUGAAGAAUUGCCCUGUUCUCCUUCAGGUCCUGUACAAAUAGACCACAGUUAUGGGAGAAUAUCAGAAAUUACUGAGACAGAUCAGGAAGGUUACGUUUUAGAAGAAUAUACAAGUUCAGUUCCAGAGUCACAAAAAAUAACAGACACAGAAUCAAUAGAAACAAGCGUAGGUAAUGUCACUAAAUGUGAAGCUGAACCUAGCAACUGUUCAAGGGUGCAUGCACUAGAAAGUCAAAAAACAGACGAUAUUAUAAUUGAUUUAUCCUCAGAUUCACUGGACAAUGGGACAUGUAUUGUGGCAUCCGAUUGCAAAGAGAAAGACGAGACCCGUUCAGACCUUCAAAGUGAAAAAGAAUUUGAAAAUAAAACACCAUUUCCUGAAAAGGCACUAUGUCCGGUUGAAAUUGUUUAUCCAAAUGACAUGGAAAAAACAGAUACUCUAACAGCUGUGCAGAACGAGGGUUUAACUGAAGUCCCUACUGUGCCAGUUACAGAAGAGUUUGAACAGGAUGUCAAAUGGCAUGCAAAAGAAAAAGAGCAUGAAACACAGGUUGAAGAGACAUCUACAGAUUUUACAACAAUUCAUCCAUCAUUCAAUAAAAAACAUUUCGAACCAGAACAGUCUCUAGCUGUAAGCAGUAUUCCAGAGGGGCACACUGAUAACAGUUCAACAACUGUGCAAAGUGUUAGUAAUUUAGAGCAAACGGACAGCACUGUUGAAUUCACCUUUGAGGAAUCUCUUAAAUUGAAAGACCAAGUGUUAAAUGACUUUACUAACACCUCUGACAGCAGUAAUGAAAUUACAGAUUACUUGCAUAAAAAUGAAGCAGAAGAAAAGGUGGAAAUAGUAUCAUCUAGAAAUGAGUGUGGCUUACAGAAUAUUAUGUCAAAUGAAAAAUCAACUAGCAAGGACCUAGAAGACCAGGAUAAUGACAGAGUUAAUGACUCCAUUCCAAGAGUUAUGGAGGACUCUCUUAUGGAAAAAGAAAAGCCUUGUAUUGAGGAUGCCACUAUGCUGAACGGACAGAUCAGUGUUGAAAUCCCCACAGCGUUUUCAGCGAUAAACUCUGCAGCCGUGGACAUACAAAACUGUGAAAGGCAAGCAGAUCAGCACACUGAAGGUUCCUGUCCUUCACACACUGUUGAAUCUGACUGUAUUCAUGAUGCUAUUGAACCUGCUUCAGAUAUGUCCCAAAAUGCAGGUGAAUAUACAAUGUCACAAAAUGAUGAGAUGACUGCCCACUCUCCUGGAACACAGAGUCUCUGUUUAGUGCCGACAGUAGAUGUACAGAGUGAGGUCCAGCUAAAUACUUCUGAUCAGUAUUAUCAUGAACCUGAGGUAGAAACAUUUGAACUACACAAAGAGAUGGUGUCACGUCAAACCAAAACCAUUGAUUAUCCUGAAUCAUCUGAAGUUAUACCCCAGGAAGUUGUUCUAGCUGUAAACACAGAGAAUUCAGUGGAAAGUGAGCAUAGCACAUAUUUGUCAAGCCAAACUGAGAAUGAAACUUUCACCGUAAAAAAGAAUACAUUUGCUGCUGUUGUUCCUUUAAGUCCCACAGCUGUUGAGACAAUAUUCCCUCCUGAAGUGACUGCUUCGCCACUCAAAAUGUGUUCACAGUACCGCGAGGUCAGUGAGACAUCUGUACUGACUCUAGUUGAUCAAGUUGAAUGUUCCACUGUUAUGGAAAACAAUAACACAGAUACACAACCAAAUUUAUUACCACAGAUAAAUUCUGCAUUAGCAACAGAUGAGGUUAUACCACCUUUAGUGGAAAUAUGUCCCGAUGUGAGUGAAGCCUCCAGUGAAAAACAAAUUAAAAAUAUUGAAAGUGGAGAAAUUGUGGACUCAGAGAAUCAGAUAAAUACACCAUCUGAAGAAAUAAGUUCUACGGUUGUACCAUACCACAGUGCAAAUUCCUUGUCAAGGCAAGCAGAGGACAUUCAAGAAAGUUUCAUCAGUAAUGCUUUUACUGACCAUUCUGAAGAGGUUGUUACUGAAUAUUACAACACAACAACCAAUUUGCAAGCCAUAGCACCAUCAGAGGAGAUUUCUGUACCUACAUCCACAGUUGAACUUGACACUAAUAAUGGUCAAGGGAUAACCUCUGACUCUGAGAUCAGAGAUGCAAAUAAUGUUAACAUCGAAGAAGUUAACACAAACUGUGCAGAUACCAUUGCUAUGGAAGUUCAACUUUCAGAGCAAAACACUGCAGAAGAAGAUGAAGUUAUCAUUGAAAAUGUGGAUAAACAAAUGAUGACACUAACAGAAGAGAUUAAAGUAGCACCUUCAGUUUUGGCAGCAGAAGAAGAUGAGCAUUCAGUGGUCUUUUUACAUGAGGUUCAGGGAGGUCUGUCUCAUUCUGAGAUUAUUGAAGAUGAGCAAAUGCAAGCUGAGUCAGUUGUGAAUACUAUGGAAGAUAAUACUGUAAUUAGUGAAUCGCAAGAAACUGAAGGUACAGCAGACAUAAUUGAAAUAAAUGAGAAGGAAAUUGAUGCUAAUGAUUUGACAACACAAUUACUCCUUAAUACAGGAGAACAAGUUCAAGAAUCUCAAGGCAAUGAGGAGACUAAUAUUGUUGAUCAUAACCAAGAGGAUGUUCACAGCAUAGAAGAACCAAAUAAGAUGACGAUUGAGUCUGACCUUAAGAAAAAUGAAAACCAGAUAGUGUAUGAGCCUAUUAGCAGUCCAGAAAGUACCACCGAUGGAGACGUUCCUAUACUACCAGAAAACAAUGAUAUAGUUAGGCUGAUGCAUGCAGACAUUACGGAUACCUCACAGAUCAUAUAUAGUGUGUCAGCAUUAACUACUGACAAAGAAAUGGUUGUUUCAGAUGGCUAUACAGUUGCUGAAAUCCCAAGUGUACCUCCAGAAAGUUCAAUAAUUUCCCCUGUUGAAGACUUUAAAGUAAAUGGCAAAAAUUUUCAAAAUGACAAAUCCACCGGGAGCGAAAAUAUUUUGGACAACCAAACAGAAUUGCCGAGUUUACAGACAGAUGUGUUAUCUCAAGUAUCACAGAAUGAGGAAAUUAGCAAAAUGGAUAGCCAGCAACUUAAAAAUGAAGAAUAUUCAGAUCAACAGGUAAUAUCUGAGACUCACACAGCAGCUGAAAUUCAGAGUGUUGAACAGAGCAUGGCCAUUGAACAAUUAGAGCAAAGCAAUGGUGCACAGGAUGUAAGUGUUUCAGUGACCAGUGCAAUUGAAGAUGCACCAGAUGGCCAAUUGGAGAACACAGAAGUGCGGAGUGAAGAGAGUGUCUCAGAUUUAGUCACUGUCUCAGUGCUUACUGAACAAGUGCAGGAGGUCACUGGGCCUGAAGCUGUCACAGGCACAGAAGCAGCUACAGUUACAUUUACUACAGAAAUCCAAGAAAAUCAGGAAACUGACACCACAUGUGAAGAGUAUGUUAUAUUAGAGCCUGUACCAGACAAUGCAAUUCACUACGACAUUAUUACUCAAGCUGUGGCUGAAUCGGGGCUAUCAGAAGAGAUUAGCUCAAACACUGAAAACAUUAUAGAUGAGGUACAGCAAACAAGUGGUAUUCAUGGGGAAAGCACACUAGAGACAAUGGUUGUUGAGACAAAUUUGGAAAACACUGAACAGGUUGAGCAAAUUGGUAUCUCCCCUCAACCCACUGACAUGAUGGAAGUAACACCAUCCAACUUUGAGCCAGAUGUCACACAACCAGUGGAUGUUAAUAUGAUGCCACCAGAGUGCCAGAUUUUGGAGGAUAUUGAGAUUGGACGUGAAAUAGUUGUGGCAGAAGAGGAACAAGAAGAGGACAGUGACAUUUCUAUAAUUGAGAAACCUCAAGAAUAUACCACAGAAGAACAACUUAAAAAGACUGAUGAAAAUGAUGAGAUAAGCAAAGAAACUGGUGAGGAGAAAAGCAAAGAAAUUGGUGAUGAGAAAAGCAAAGAAACUGGCAGUGAGACAAACAAACAAACAAUCUCUUUGGAAACUACAACAAAGGAUAGCACCACUGCUGAGAAAAAAGAGCCCGAAAAACCUAAGAAGCAAGAAAUGAACACACAGGCCAGGACCAAAGCUCGUCUUGCAGCUCUCGCAGAGCAAAAGGCUGCUGCUUCUAAGAGACAAGCAAGGAGAGAGCAGCUCAACCUAUUAGCCUUGUGUCAAGAAAUAGCAGAGGACAUAGCUACAGACAGCAUGCUUCUAAAGAAAAUAGAAGAGGAGAAGCAAGCUGCAGCUGCAGCUAAAAGUGAAGGCAGCACAAAUGAAAGUCCACAUGUUAACAGUCAAGAGGAGCACCCAGGAGAUGUGGUGGCUCCAACUCCAGAAGGUGUAGAGGUGACCUCAACUUCAGUCACAUCCACUGAAGACAACACUGUAACCCAGACGUCUACCACAAAUGCAGAGGAGACAAAGGCUACAUCAGAGCCACCAAAACGGAGGUUCUUUACUUCACAAGUUAUUGUUCCACUCAAAGCUCACGAGAAAAAGAAACUUACUAGAUAUCAAAGAUUAAGACAAGUUGAGCUACAGAGAGAAAAAAUGUCAUGGGCUAGAGUGAAGAAGCUCAAGUCUGACCAAGCAAAUCAAAUGUUUUCGGAAAUGGACUGGCAGGCAUCAAUGUCCUUUUCCUCGUUUGGUGUGGAUCAUGCAGCCGCUGUAUCCGAGCCUGUAGCUAUUUUGUCUAAACCAUCUUCACCGGGCCUUUCAUCCCCCAACAAAUGCGCACCUAACACUGAGGAGCCUAAAGCUGAGAUUUCCAAGCCUGAAACACCUGUAAGCGAACCAGCCAAGGUGGAAAUGUCUCAAACUGGACCUGCAACAGAAGAAAAAGAUGAAGCUGAUAAAACAGAAUCUCCUCAAAAGGAAGACUCAAAAGCUGAACCUGCCAAACCUGAGCUUCGCAAGUCCUCUCGGAUCAGUAAAAUUGAAUCUUCAAAAGCUGCCUCUACGCCUGCACCAGCAACAAAAAGCAAAGCCACAUCUAAAAAGGUCCUUCCUGCUGUUCCACCUCCCAUGCCAAAUGGCCUUAAUAAUCAGAGUUUGAAGAUUGAGUAUAAGCCGUACAAACCCAGGCCCAAGUAUUCUCCUGAUGACUUUGAACUGGAUGACGACCCUAUUCCUCCUCCAAAAGCAUGUCCUCAGGCCAAGCCCACCAACCAGGUGACUCCUAAUGUUCAAUCAAGACCAGCUUCCCAGACCACAACCCUUUCAAAGCCCACUGUUUCAACACAACUUUCAAACCAAUUGAAGUCCAAAGUUCUGACACCUGCUGGACAGAUCUCAGAUCAGAUAAAGCCAGCCUCCAGUGCUGUGGCCAACCCUUCAGCAGCACAGGCACAGUCAAAAGGCACACAUGCAACUCCAUCGUCAUCAAAGCUCUUACCCACAAAUAAAGUGCUACAGAAAGCUCCUGCUUCAACAAACGCUCCAUCUAAAGUUGUUGUAGCGCCAAUGGUGGCUAAGCCAGCAGCCUCCUCACCCCAGGUUAUGGCCCCAAGUGCAACCUCGGAGAAGGAGACCAUUUUGUCUGUAAAUCAGCCUGCCACAUCUGAAACAACAACUGCUACUGCUCCUCCAGAUGAUGCAGCUGAUUCUGCCAAAUGCAAGGCACCAGAGGGUGUUCCUUUAGCAUCUGUUCUUCCUAAAGAAGACUCAAAUGACUCACAGUGUGAUGAAAACAAAGAAGUCACUCCAGUCCAGGAUAAGAUGGCCCCUGGUGUUCAGUUAGAGAAGACUGAAUCAGGAGAAGCAGACCUGAAUAAAGUCUCAAAACUCUGUCAAGAUCAAAACAUUGAGACUCCCAUGUCUGAUGCUAGUCUACAGAAAGAAAUAAAAAAACUAAAGGAAGCUGACAAAGAUGGCAUGCAGACUAUAAUUGAUGCAGGACAAAAGCAUUUUGGACCAGUGGCAUGCAGUGUGUGUGGGAUGCUCUACUCUGCUGCCAAUCCAGAGGAUGAAUCUCAACAUUUACUGUUUCAUAACCAGUUCAUUAGCGCUGUCAAAUAUGUGGGGUGGAAAAAGGAAAGGAUUUUAUCAGAGUUUCCUGAUGGAAAAAUAAUUCUUGUUCUGCCAGAUGAUCCAAAAUAUGCCCUGAAGAAGAUUGAGGAAAUCAGAGAGAUGGUGGACAAUGACCUUGGCUUCCAGCAGGUGGAGUCCAAGUGUCCCUCAAAGACUAAAACCUUCCUCUUCAUUUCUAAUGACAAGAAAGUUGCUGGGUGCCUCAUUGCCGAGCACAUUAACGAGGGCUACAGAGUGAUUGAAGAGCCUGCCCCGUCUGGUUCAGAGGGAGAGAAGGUGAUGUUUGAGAGACAGCGAGCGUGGUGCUGCUCUACUACUGCUGAGCCGGCCAUCUGUGGUAUCAGCCGGAUUUGGGUUGUCAGCACCAUGAGACGCCAGGGAAUUGCCUCGCGCAUGCUUGACUGCCUCAGGAACAACUUCAUAUAUGGUUCUAACCUGAGCAAGGAUGAGAUUGCUUUCUCUGAUCCUACUCCCGAUGGGAAACUUUUUGCCACACAUUAUUUUGGCACUUCUCAAUUUUUGGUUUAUAACUUUGUGAAUGGGACACCUGCAACACAGGCCAAAACUGAAAAAGUAUAACAGCUCUCAAUCAGGCAACUAUAGUUUUCACUGAGACGCUCACUGGAAAAUGGGACCGGACCUUUUAACAAUAUAACAAUUUAGUUUAUGUUUUUGAAGAUGGCAUAAUACUAUUUGUGGAGAAUAUUCAUUGGUUUGAUUCUCAGGAUGAAAACAACAAGACGUUGUUGAAACUAUUUUAAAUUCACCCUUUAAUCACACUCUUCAUAUUCGGGCAAAACGUUUCAAUCAACAAACAUUUUAGUAUAGUUUUAAUGCAUGAUGCCACAGCAAUAGAUUUUUUCCCCCAACAUAAUUAAAUGUAUAGAUUGUACUCACCAAUUGCAUCACAUAUGUGCAUACCUAUGACAUUUGUGUGUGUGUCAGUUUAUUUUAUCUCUUUUGAUCAUGUUUUGGAAUAUAACCACAGCUACAUAAUUCAUUUUCAGAUUUCUCAGAUUGGUCCUGUUUUAACAUUUCUUAUGUAAAGGAUACAGGAUUUUUUAAUAAUAUUUUUUGGGGGAUGAAAUUUUAAAACAAGUGGAAAUGUAGUGAUGUAAUGUAGGACUCUCACUGGGCAUUCAUUACGUGCUUUAAUUUCUUAUCCUGAAAUGUUCAGUUUUUGAUCUGAGCCAUAAACCGUAUAUCAUUUAGCAUGGCAUUGUAGCCUAACAUUAGUGACAUCCUAUGCUUCACUAAUGCUCUCUUUUGCUUUGUUUGUGCCUGAAUGAUUCAUGUGAUGUUUAUAAUUUUAUAUAUAUAUAUUUUUGAUUAGUUGUUUAGUUUUCUACCUAUAUGUUCCAAGCCAAGCAAUAUGGCAGUUACUU